GGCCGGAGGGAGGGGGAGGCCUGUCAGUCUUGCGCGUUGCCUCGGCGAAGGGGGCGGAGCUUUGGCGUGGAGCGGCCAAUAGUGGGGGUGGCUGCGUGGGUCGCCAUGGGGACGGGGCUGUUCCCGAGGAGGCUGUGAUGGGUUGACAGGUGCGUGACAGUGGGAGCUGCUCUCGGCACAAGCAUGUACGGCAAAGGCAAGAGUAACAGCAGCGCCGUCCCGUCCGACAGCCAGGCCCGGGAGAAGUUAGCACUCUACGUAUAUGAAUAUCUGCUCCAUGUAGGAGCUCAGAAAUCGGCCCAAACAUUUUUAUCAGAGAUAAGAUGGGAAAAAAACAUCACAUUGGGGGAACCACCAGGAUUCUUACAUUCUUGGUGGUGUGUAUUUUGGGAUCUCUACUGUGCAGCUCCAGAAAGAAGGGAAACAUGUGAACAUUCAAGUGAAGCAAAAGCCUUCCAUGAUUAUAGUGCUGCAGCAGCUCCCAGUCCAGUGCUAGGAAACAUUCCCCCAGGAGAUGGCAUGCCAGUAGGUCCUGUACCACCAGGGUUCUUUCAGCCUUUUAUGUCACCUCGGUACCCUGGAGGUCCAAGGCCCCCACUGAGGAUACCUAACCAGGCACUAGGAGGUGUCCCAGGAAGUCAGCCUUUACUUCCCAGUGGAAUGGACCCAACUCGACAACAAGGACAUCCAAACAUGGGCGGGCCAAUGCAGAGAAUGACUCCUCCCAGAGGAAUGGUGCCCUUAGGACCACAGUCUGACCCUUGGUUAUCAUUACAGAACUAUGGAGGUGCAAUGAGACCCCCACUGAAUGCUUUAGGUGGCCCUGGAAUGCCUGGAAUGAACAUGGGUCCAGGUGGUGGUAGACCUUGGCCAAACCCAACAAAUGCCAAUUCAAAUAUGGCAAAAGUAUCUCUUCUGGAUGUUCAGAAUCUUCAGAUACCAUACUCCUCAGCAUCUCCUGGGAAUUAUGUAGGUCCUCCGGGAGGUGGAGGGCCUCCAGGAACACCCAUCAUGCCUAGUCCAGCAGAUUCAACCAACUCGGGAGACAACAUGUACACUUUAAUGAAUGCAGUACCUCCUGGACCUAACAGGCCUAAUUUUCCAAUGGGCCCCGGUUCAGAUGGACCCAUGGGUGGAUUAGGAGGGAUGGAGUCACAUCACAUGAAUGGCUCUUUAGGCUCAGGAGAUAUGGACAGUAUUUCCAAGAACUCUCCCAAUAAUAUGAGCCUGAGCAAUCAACCGGGCACUCCAAGGGAUGACAGCGAAAUGGGGGGAAAUUUCUUAAACCCUUUUCAGAGUGAGAGUUACUCCCCUAGCAUGACAAUGAGUGUGUGAUCCAUUACCAAGUCUCCUCAUGAAAACCACAGUGAGUCAGCCCUUCACAGAACUACUAGGGAAGAAAAUUAUUCAUCACAAUGUACAGUUAAACAAAGGAAUCUCAGUCACACCAAACCAACAUUUUUAUUUCCUGCUCUCUCCCCUAUUUUGUGAAGAAAGCGGGUCCAAACGUGAUUCAAACAACUGUACGGAGCGGCAUAUUAGAAUUGCCCUAAAAUGAACUGCAAAUAAUUAUCUGUGUAUGUAUAUGUGUGGGAAAGAGAAUGUAUUGUAUAUGUGUAUGUUAUAUGGACAUAUACACAUGCAUACAUUGACCCACAGGACAUUGUAAAAUAUUAUCACAUGACAUCUUAAGUAGAAAUAAGUAGGGACUUUUAUUCCAUCCUUUUUUUCACGUUUACAUUUUAAUUAUUAAAAGUUGCUCCUGCCCCUCCCUCAACUAUUUUGUGCUGUGUAUAUCACUGCUUUAUAUAAGUUAUUUUUUAAGGUGAACUCAGAUGUUAUGGUUUUGUAAAUGUCUGCAAUCAUGGAUAGGAAUAAAAUCGCUUAUUUGAGAGCUUUCAUUAAAUUGCGUCUGAUGCACGUUACCCUGUGAAUCACAAAGUGUACUGUCUCAAAAAAAAGAAGAAGAAGAAGAAAACUGUGUCUUCAUCUUUAUGUCAAAUCAAUUUCUCAGUUACCUUCAGUGAAAAUAUUUUUGUAUCCUUUGUUUAAAACAAAAUACUUCAACAAAAGCCUAACUGGGACCAACA